AUGAUCACGAGUUACCCCUCGCAAGAGCUCAAUACCGAGGCCGUCGGCGUGUACGCCGCGCAGUAUCUGCCGCGCAUGACUGAAUUCGUGAGGUACAAAAGUCCCUGGCAACUCGAUCUUGAUGUUCGAGAUCUGUCUCUCGCAGACACCAUUCGCGCGUUCUUUGGAGAGCCGGCAGUUGAAUUCGGGCAAGAGAAUUGGAAGUUGGGAUGUCUGGCCCAGAUGGUCCAGGGACAGAAGAUAAGAGGCAUCGCCGGCGGCGCAGGCGACCAGGAGAGGAUCUGGGUGCAUUUCGUUGCCUGGCAAGGUCAAAGCGAGGACCAUUCGCCGGGGAAUGGAGAAUUUUGUAUCUCAAGAAGUUCAUGGGCCGUUGACAUGCCUGGUAUCGACUGA